ACCAGCUUCCCACCCUUCUCAAGACCCCGCACCACCACCCCCCACCCCGCCCGCAUCCACAGGCCCCUACCCUCGAGUCCUCAUUCCCCGCCCCUGUCUCCCCCACACCGGUUCUUCUCCCCCAAGCCUCCGGUCUCCCUUCUGCCCCCUUCUCCUUCCCUCUCCUCCCCCAACCCCGUGUCUGCCCCCACUCCUGUCCUCCCCGCCCUCCCCUUGCCCAUCUUGGAGCCCCCACCCAGCCCGGGGUGCACAGUCCGGCGCGCCUCCCUGGAGCAGCACCAAGGUCCCGGGGCUCCAAGGGGGUGGGGGCGCAGGGCGGGGAGCAUGGGGAGGGGGCGCCCCGUGUGAUGGGAGGGGGGCGCAAGCGGAGGCGGAGGAGGCGGCGGCGACAGCGGAGCCCGGCCGGGUGCUCAGCGGGGUCCGGGGGCUGGGGGCAGCGAGCAGGGCGGCCCCAUGGCCGGGCCCCCCUGAGGCAGUCCGGGGGAGUCCCCUCCCCUCCCCAGCUCGGGGGUCUCGGGGCCCCAUGAGCCGGGGCGCGGGCGCGCUGCAGCGCCGGACAACGACCUACCUCAUCUCGCUGACCCUGGUCAAGCUUGAGUCGGUGCCGCCGCCGCCGCCUUCUCCGUCUGCAGUCGCGGCCGGAGCCUCCGGGGCCAGAGGCUCGGAGUCCGGGGAUCCUGGCAGCCCCCGAGGCGCGGAGGAGCCGGGCAAGAAGCGGCACGAGCGGCUUUUCCACCGGCAGGAUGCGCUGUGGAUCAGCACGAGCAGCGCUGGCGCAGGGGGCGCGGAGCCCCCCGCCCUGUGCCCGGCCCCGGCCAGUCCGGCUCGCCCCAUCUCCCCGGUUCCCGGUCGCCGCCUUUCCCUCUGGGCCGCCCCUCCGGGACCCCCACUCUCCGGGGGACUGAGUCCGGAUCCCAAGCCCGGGGGCGCGUCCACCUCCUCCCGGCGCCCACUACUCAGCAGCCCGAGCUGGGGGGGCCCGGAACCCGAAGGCCGGGCAGGCGGCGUCCCCGGCUCUUCCUCCCCGCACCCUGGCACCGGGAGCCGGAGGCUCAAGGUGGCGCCUCCUCCGCCAGCGCCCAAGCCAUGCAAGACCGUGACCACGACUGGAUCCAAGGCCGGGGGAAGCAAGGGCGCAGGAAGCCGCCUGUCAUGGCCCGAGAGCGAGGGCAAGCCCAGGGUCAGGGGAGCCAAGAGCAGCGCCGGGACUGGAACUCCGGCCGCCGCGGCCACCACCACCGCCGCCUCCGCCGCCGGCGGAGGCAACACUGCAGCCGCGACCUCUGGUGGGGUCGGGGCUGGAGCUGGAGCCCGAGGAAAGCUGUCCCCCCGGAAAGGCAAGAGUAAGACCUUGGACAACAGUGACUUGCAUCCGGGACCAGCGGCCGGCUCUCCUCCUCCACUAACCGUGCCAGCAACCCCGGCACCAGCCGUCGCUGCUGUGCCAGCUGCCUCCGCGCAGUCCCCCGGGGCUGCACCUCCUAUCACCCUGGAGCCUCCAGCACCGGGGCUGAAAAGGGGCCGGGAGGGUGGCCGAGCGUCCACUCGUGACCGCAAGAUGCUCAAGUUUAUCAGCGGUAUCUUCACCAAGAGCACAGGGGGACCUCCAGGCUCUGCGCCCCUUCCCGGCCCCCCAGGCCUGUCUUCUGGCAGCGGGUCCAGGGAGCUGCUGGGCACAGAGCUCCGUGCUUCCCCUAAGGCUGUGGUCAACAGCCAGGAAUGGACAUUGAGCCGCUCCAUUCCUGAACUGCGCCUGGGUGUGCUGGGUGACGUCAGGAGUGGGAAGUCAUCACUCAUCCACCGAUUCCUCACUGGCUCUUACCAAGUGCUGGAGAAAACAGAGAGUGAGCAAUACAAGAAGGAAAUGUUGGUGGAUGGACAGACUCACCUGGUGCUGAUCCGAGAGGAAGCCGGAGCACCUGAUGCCAAGUUCUCAGGCUGGGCUGAUGCCGUGAUCUUCGUCUUUAGCCUGGAGGAUGAGAAGAGUUUCCAGGCCGUGAGCCGGCUCCAUGGGCAGCUGAGCUCCCUGCGGGGGGAAGGACGGGGAGGCCUGGCUCUGGCCCUGGUGGGGACACAAGACAGGAUCAGUGCUGCCUCCCCUCGGGUGGUGGGCGAUGCACGUGCCAGGGCUCUGUGCUCAGACAUGAAGCGCUGCAGCUACUACGAGACUUGUGCCACCUAUGGGCUCAAUGUGGAUCGGGUCUUCCAGGAAGUGGCCCAGAAGGUGGUAACCUUGCGUAAACAGCAACAGCUUCUGGCAGCCUGCAAGUCCCUGCCCAGCUCCCCAAGCCACUCAGCCGCUUCCACCCCUGUAGCAGGACAGGCUAGUAACGGCGGCCACACUAGCGACUACUCUUCUUCCCUGCCAUCUUCACCCAACGUGGGCCACCGGGAGCUCCGAGCAGAGGCGGCUGCUGUGGCUGGCCUGAGCACCCCAGGUUCCCUGCACCGGGCAGCCAAGCGAAGGACCAGCCUUUUUGCGAAUCGCCGAGGCAGUGACUCUGAGAAGCGGAGCUUGGACAGUCGGGGGGAGACCACAGGGAGUGGGCGAGCCAUCCCUAUCAAGCAGAGCUUCCUGCUGAAGCGAAGCGGCAAUUCCUUGAACAAAGAAUGGAAGAAGAAAUAUGUGACCUUGUCCAGUAAUGGCUUCCUGCUCUACCAUCCCAGCAUUAACGAUUACAUCCACAGCACCCAUGGCAAGGAGAUGGACUUGCUGCGAACAACUGUCAAGGUCCCGGGCAAGCGACCCCCAAGAGCCAUCUCUGCUUUCGGCCCUUCAGCCAGCAUUAACGGGCUGGUCAAGGACAUGAGCACGGUGCAGAUGGGUGAAGGCCCUGAAGUCACCACUCCUAUGCCAAGCCCCAGCCCUAGCCCCAGCUCCCUGCAGCCACCGCCAGACCAGACUUCCAAGCAUCUGCUGAAGCCAGAUCGGAAUCUGGCCCGAGCCCUCAGCACUGACUGUACCCCAUCUGGAGACCUGAGCCCCCUGAGUCGGGAACCCCCUCCUUCUCCUAUGGUGAAGAAGCAGAGGAGGAAAAAGCUGACAACACCAUCCAAGACUGAAGGCUCAGCUGUGCAGGCUGAAGCCAAGCGCAAAAUGUGGAAACUAAAAUCCUUUGGUAGUUUAAGAAAUAUUUAUAAAGCAGAGGAAAACUUUGAGUUCCUGAUCGUGUCCAGCACGGGUCAGACCUGGCACUUUGAGGCAGCCAGUUUUGAGGAGCGUGAUGCUUGGGUCCAGGCCAUUGAGAGUCAGAUCCUGGCCAGUCUGCAGUGCUGUGAGAGCAGCAAGGUCAAGCUGCGCACAGACAGCCAAAGUGAAGCCGUAGCCAUCCAGGCCAUCCGGAACGCCAAGGGCAACUCCACCUGCGUGGAUUGCGGGGCACCCAAUCCCACGUGGGCCAGCUUGAACCUGGGCGCCCUCAUCUGCAUAGAGUGCUCUGGCAUCCACCGCAAUCUGGGCACACACCUGUCUCGGGUACGCUCACUCGACCUAGACGACUGGCCGCGGGAGCUGACCCUGGUGCUGACGGCCAUAGGCAACGACACGGCCAACAGCGUGUGGGAGAGCGACACGCGGGGCCGCGCCAAGCCCACGCGGGACUCUUCGCGGGAGGAGCGCGAGUCGUGGAUUCGGGCCAAAUACGAGCAGCUGCUGUUCCUGGCGCCGCUGGGCAGCCCGGAGGAGCCACUGGGCCGCCAACUGUGGGCCGCCGUGCAGGCCCAGGACGUGGCCACUGUGCUCCUGCUUCUUGCCCACGCGCGGCACGGGCCGCUGGACACCAGCGCGGAGGACCCCCAGCUUCGCUCCCCGCUCCACCUGGCGGCCGAGCUGGCGCACGUGGUCAUCACGCAGCUGCUGCUGUGGUACGGCGCGGACGUGGCUGCCCGCGACGCGCAGGGCCGCACGGCGCUCUUCUACGCUCGCCAGGCCGGCAGCCAGCUGUGUGCAGACAUCCUCCUGCAGCACGGUUGCCCCGGCGAGGGGAGCAGCGCGGCCACCACGCCCAGCGCGGCCACCACUCCCAGCCUCGCCGCCACUCCCAGUCCCCGCCGGCGGAGCAGCGCCGCCAGUGUGGGCCGCGUGGACGCCCCGGUCGCGCUGGUAUAGUUGCCCGGCGGGAGAGACCUUCCCCCACCUCCCAGGCGGGCCGGGCACGACCACACCGGGUGGACUGAUGGAUUAAUUCACCCUCUCACCUCUCCCCUCAGCUCCCCCACCCCCACCUCGGGAGCACUUCCUACCCCCUACACGAAGGCACGGCCCCCACGCCUCCCGGAAGACACAAACUCACCCCCUCUCCCCACCGAGGCAUGGAGUCACUCCCUUCCCCCACUCCACAUGGUCCCCUUCCCCAUCCACGGCUCCCACCCUCGGAUUGCUCUGGGUCUACCCCCAUCUCCACGCAGUGUUUGCAGAAGGGGACGUCCCCUCAGCGGCCGGGGCUCGCAGGUGGCCCAGUUGGGCCCGCGCGCGUGCCUCCUCGCAGUGGCCUGGCUCCGCGACCCACUCCGCGGCGGCAGCCCAUUCCCAGGCUGGCUCCUGGGGCGAUGCCACACCACAGGGAGGGGUUGGCCUUGGGACUUGGGCCACUACGGGGACUCCGCCCCUUCUACGCUGAUCUCACUGCCCAGUGGGGGAGGGAAGGGCAGCGAGGGGCAGGACCUCUACUGUCCAUGGAGGUGGUGAUCGGGGUUCCCAACCCUUUCUGUGAAAGGGACCAUGAGAAAUGGGUAUCAGAACGCCCCCUGCCCCUAUGCACACGCACGCCCACCCAGGGAUGGAAGCUAAAGACAGGGGGCGAGCCAAGAGCCCGGGUGACUCCUCGCUGCUACCUUGGGAGGGAGAAAGGAUAAAGCAGGAGCGGGCCUAAGGGGGCUGGGGCGGGGCCUUGUAACUUAUUGCUCUGUUCCCCAACUUGGGGCUGGGCGCGGGCAGGGGCGUGGGAGGGUCGGGGAAGCCGAGGGGACAGGGGUGGGGUGGGGUGGGGUGCUCUCGGGUUGUGAGUGUCUGUGACUGUGACUGCGUCCCUGUGACUGUGCAGCACCCGUAGUGAUCUGGGGUAGGGGGCACCCUGACAGUGGGACCCCUCCCCCAUUAUUCUUGUCCAACCCCUCCCUCCCACUGGAGCAGCUCCAGACUCACCCAUCCUUCAAUCACAUGAUCCCUCCCAGCCAGGGCUGCAAUGGGGUAGUGGUGGUGGGCGGCUGGCAGGGUUUCCAAGCUCCUUGCUCUGUCCCCAGAGAGGCAGUUGUCUGUGGACUUGGCCUGGCCCUAGCGACCGCCUCCCUCAAUCAACCCAGCCCUUGGCGGUGUGUGUCAGUGGUUUCCAGUCUUUUUCUUUCUUUCGUUUUUUCUUUUUUUUUUUUUUUUUCUGGCUAAAAUAUUUUGCAAAGGACCAGGUAAUUGGGGAGGGGCCCCGGGUGGGGGUGGGGGGCAAGCCCCCUUUAUCUCCUCGGAAGCAGGCGGUGUGAAUCUUCUUCAACAGCAAUUAAAGAGAAAGCGAUUUUGUCUA